AUGGGUUUGUUUGGAAAGACUCAGGAAAAGAAUCCUAAGGACAUGGUAAACGAGUGGUCACAUAAAAUAAGGAAAGAAGGUUAUCAGCUUGAGCGGCAGAUAAGAGCUAUUCAGCGUGAAGAAGAUAAAGUUAAACGCUCACUGAAGGAGGCAGCUAAGAAAGGUGACAAGGGAGUGUGUACAAUACUUGCCAAAGAAGUCAUAAGAGCACGGAAAGCAAUUAGUAAGAUUAAUACAUCCAAGGCACACCUUAACUCCAUACAACUACAGAUGAAGAAUCAACUCGCAACCUUGAGGGUGGCUGGUUCCCUUCAGAAGUCAACAGAAGUGAUGCAGGCAAUACAGUCACUGGUUCGUGUCCCUGAAGUGGCAGCUACAAUGAGGGAUUUAUCCAAGGAAAUGAUGAGGGCUGGGAUUAUUGAGGAGAUGAUGGAAGAAACCAUGGAUAUUCUUGAAGACCAGGAUGAGUUGGAGGAAGAGGCGCAAGAGGAGGUCGACAAGGUAUUGUGGGAACUGACAGCAGGACAACUUGGGCAAGCCCCAGCAGCUGUUACUGACACUCUCCCAGCAUCCGGAGUUUCGGAGGCAGCUGGAGCAUCAGCUGUCCUGGAGGAUGCGGAGGAACUGGAAGACAUGCAGAGCAGGCUGCAGGCUUUACGCAGCUAACCUGUAUUACCAUUGCACUGGCUGUUCUUUUGUGGCAGACAGUGGUCUAAUUCAAGCUCGGACAUUCUCAUGAUGGCACACCAAAACAUCUCAGACAAUAAUAGAUGCCACACAGAAAGAGACUGCCAUAGAUCAACAACAACACAGCUGUGAAACGUUGAUAUGCCAACAUCAUCAAACCAUACUGAGGUUUCUGUCCACUGCUGCCAUGGCAAGCACACGGUGGUGAGUUUGCGAACUUUAUAGUCAAACCUAGUAUAUUUAGCUGGUACCUGGUUUGAAGAUUGGGUUCCAUCUGUGAUGUUUGUAGCUUUCCACACUGUUUCCAGCCAAUGACAUGCUAUUCUUUUUUCCUUUUCAGUAAUUCAUAUGCAGAUGCUUUGAUGGCCCAAGCAACACACAGUUAACUUGAGUGACCGAUACAUGCCUUUGCUUGUAGUGCAUCACUUGAUACUGAUAUAACAUGCACAUAGCUGCACAUCUUAGGCAGAUGAGUGAUGCACUUUCAGUGGAUUAAACCAUCCACACUGAGUACUUUUUGGGCUAGUUUAGAAUAAAAAACUGUUAAGGGCCAUGAGAAGAAUGGUGGAGUUAUGUCUCUGCUCCCCCACAUGUCUUCAUGUUGUAAUGAUUCAUUAAUUAAGCAGAGGGACAGCUUUUGGAGGGGACAUUUAAGGGCCAUAUAUUUCCAUUUGUAACAUGACUUAAUAUAAUCUAACCUGAGCAAAGUACCACAAAGUAGUGACAUAUGAUGACCACAGAAGAGGAUAAAGGAACAGUUCAGUUAGUUCUGUAAUAGGAUUUUGGUCCAGUCAGUGUGACAGCAGAAGAAUAAGGAGAUUUACUCUGGAUAUUUCUGAAAUUUCUCACAAGUACUUGUUUACUGUAUUUUACAUAUUCCAUGCAGUUUUUGUUAUAGUAGCAGAUGCACAGUGACUGGACCAAAUUUAUGAAAGGUACACAUAAGUAUGAAUCUGAGCAAGUUUUUUUUUUCAUGCUGAUAAAUUAAUACAUGAAAAUUUAUACAUGUAUGUAUCUCACAAUUCCUGAGAUAAGGAUGGAGGUUGAAUUGAAGAUGGUUAUGAAAGUACGGUGAUCGAAGCUGAAUUUGUGAAACCGACAAUCAAAUAUGAUUCUUGCACCAUGAUGUGUGUUGAAUGGUCUAAAUUAAUUAAUUUCUCAUACAACUGCAUCGAUCAGAGCAUCAUGUGUGCGCAACAGGCACAAACUUAUGUAACAGAAAACAAAGAUAAGAAGUUACAUAACACUGUUUUAAAUUCUGUGUACAAAGAAGUAAUUUGGUAUAUACUGUUAUUUUUAAGACAUAAAAAUGUUGAAGACUGUAAAUCUAUGAGAACAUUGUGUUUUAUUCUAAUAAAAUAAUGUAGUGGGUAUUUGUAGGUACUGAAACAGGAAAAUUUAUUUGUGAUUGUUGUAUUUAUGUGUUUGCUUGAUUGUCAUAAGUUUAUUUGCUUUUCUGAAUAAUUUUUACAUUAAGUUUAUUCCCAGUAUGAUUGUACAUAAUAUUUAGCUGUUCAGUGUAAGUAAUAUUUCUUUUCUGCCUUCUGAGAACUGAACUUCUAUUGUUUGAAAGUGACAAGCAGAAUCUUAGAUUUCAGCAGCUCUUAUAUAUUAUAUUAUGUAUAAUUUUAGUAUCAUGAUGUUUUAUUCAUAUAUUUUUUGAGAAUUAAAAUGUUUAAAAUAUUGAUUUACUGUCAGUUUGUUAAUAAUAAGCUUCUUUUGGCUGGUCCAGAAUAAGUAGAUUCUAUUUGUUUGUUGCAGUUAUUUUGCAUCACGAUGUGACUAAUCAGCAGUUCUUAAAUAUAUUAGUGCUCAGGUUGGUAGAAAACAACGAAACUCCAUUUAAGGUUUCUCUGGGGAGCAGUAGAUUUGAUGACUAAACUUAGGAUACUCAUGGAGUAGAUUUAAUGCUUUAUACUAUUGACUUGGGAGCACUGGAGUGGAAUGGCUAAUAAGAAAAGUAUUAAAUUGAGGAAUAUUAAAGAUGGGUUCAACUUAAGCUUAUUUUAUUCGUGUAUAAUUUUAAUGUACAUUUGAAAUGGUUGUGUUGAGGUAAUUGUCUGAUUAUGGUGGAAAACAAAAUUUUUAUGUAAAUAGUGGAUUUUUAUGUGUUAAUUGUGAGAGUGACAAUUCUUUAUUCACAUGGUGUUAUGGUUUAAGCCCUCAUACUCAAAAAAAAUGUUCUUGUCUUCACCAAUAAACAUGAAAGUUCUUAUUUUUCAGGACUUGUCCUGAAAUUAAGCUAAUUGGUGAAAUGCAUUAGUUUAUAGAUUUCAAGGUGUAUAGAAUGACAGGGUAUAUAUAGAAAAGAACUGUCAGACUUUUUUGAUUUGGUUCAUCCUGGUCCAUCACACUAGCAAUAUUGUAACAACACAGCGCGACCCAAACAGCAACAGGACGACACAAAAAAUCCAAUUCUCCAAACAACGGAACUACAAGGUGGUAGAUGCUUGACUUCCUUCAAAGAGAAGAAAUAAAAAGGACACAGACUAAUUUGGUUUGAAAAUUAACAAAAUCUUCUUAAACAUAAUGAUUGUAAUUUAUAAGUAUUUUAACAUAUUAGUACUCAUCGCUGUAAUUGUUAAAAUAUUAGAUCUUAUAUUCAUUGUAUUAUGAUAACAUUGUAUGUAUAUAUUAAUAUUCACAAAACAUUGUAAAAAAUAUUGUAAUAGUGGUUUAUAAUUGUAUUGAUA